CUCUGCGCCCAGCGCCGCUCAAAAGGGGCGCGGGCGGCGGGCGGCGGCGCCGUCGAGGCUGGGGCGCGGCGGGCAUGGAGCUGUGGCGGUGGCUGACGGCGGCGCUGCUGCUCCUGCUGCUGCUCGUGCAGCUGAGCCGCACCGCCAGGUUCUACACCAAGAUCGGCCUGUACUGCGUGCUCUGCUUGUCCUUCUCCGCCGUGGCCUCGAUCGUCUGCCUGCUGCGCCACGGCGGCCGCACCGUGGACAACAUGAGCAUCAUCAGCUGGUUUGUGCGGUCCUUCAAGUAUGUGUAUGGCCUUCACUUUGAGGUCAGAGGCCAGCAGAAACUGGAGAUGGACGGCCCCUGUGUCAUCAUCUCCAAUCACCAGAGCAUCCUGGACAUGAUGGGCCUCAUGGAGAUCCUCCCCGAGCGCUGUGUGCAGAUUGCCAAGCGCGAGCUGCUGUUCACAGGGCCGGUUGGCCUCAUCAUGUACCUCGGUGGCGUCUACUUCAUCAACCGCCAGCGUGCCAAAACCGCCAUGACCUUAAUGGCGGACUUGGGCGAGCUCAUGGUCAAGGACAACCUCAAGGUGUGGAUCUAUCCUGAGGGCACACGUAAUGACAAUGGGGACCUGUUGCCCUUCAAAAAAGGUGCCUUUUACUUGGCUGUCCAGGCCCAGGUGCCCAUCAUCCCUGUGGUGUACUCCUCCUUCUCCUCUUUCUACAACGUCAAGACAAAGCUCUUCACCUCAGGAACAAUCAAAGUGGAAGUGCUGGAUGCCGUCCCUACCAGUGGCCUUACCAAUGCGGACAUCACCAAGCUUGUGGACACCUGCUACCAAACCAUGAGAAACACCUUUCUCCAAAUAUCCAAGACACCCCAGCAGAACUCUGCCAAUGAGGAGCCCGCGGUACUGCCGGCCCAGUAACUCACGCCACGCGGGGCAGGGGAGCUCGGGGAGGGCAGGUGGGAAUCCACAGGAUGGACAGCCAGACACGCCCUCCCACCCAACAAACAUCACGUUACCCUGCUGCCCUGCUGGCCUAGCUCAUUUAGGGCCUGCAAAACAGGAAGUCCCUUUCAGCAGGGGCCUGAGACCCAGGACCCCAGGUGACUUCCUGACCAUCAUGCCUGUGCCUCCAGAAUCUGGGUGUGGCCAUCCGAGCUGGAGGGCUGAGCCACAAACCAGGAGGCACCCAGGUGGGAUGCCCAAGGCCCACUCCAGGGUGGAAGAUGAAGAUCCAGGAACCAGGCCAUGGCCUGCAUCAGGCCUUCGGGAAGAGGAGGAACUUGAGGACAGGUCUCUCAAAGAACAUGGGCCACUCAGCACCGGAGGGCAGAGCCUGUCACCCCCACUGUCCAGUAGGACAGUCUCCGUCACAAAUCACUGCUAUGCUUGGUUCUUUUUUAUAAAUGAACUCUCAGGUUCCUGGA